UACUUAAGCGGCAGACAUUAAAAAUGAAAGUGUGUAUAAGAUGCCUUUUACCUGGCACAAUUCCUAGCUUUCUGCAAAAAAGUACAUGUAUCAGAGGUGUAUCAUGUGUCACACAGUCAUAUAUAUAUCAGUCAAGGAGAUGGUUUGGUCAGCCUGCAGCGCAGACACACCCACAUUUGAUCAAGGAAGGGGAAGUAACUCCAGGUAUCACUAAAGAAGAAUACAGAAACAGGAGACAUCUUCUUAGUUCACUUGCUCUACAAACAGAAAAAAGUAGAAAUCAUAUUAUGUUGGUUCCAUCUGCAACAAAACAAUUUAUGAGUCAAAAAAUACCAUAUCCUUUUCACCAGAACACUGAUUUCCUGUAUUUAUGUGGAUUCAUGGAACCAGAUAGUUUAUUAGUUAUGCAGUGUAAUAAUUCUGAAUCUGUCAAUACAACCCUUUUUGUACCAAAAAGGAACAUUGAAGAAGAAAAAUGGGAUGGUCCACGUUCUGGCAUUGAAGGAACAAUUGAACUGACAGGAGUUGACAAAGCAUUUAACAAUACAGAGAUUGAAGGCUAUUUAUCUAAAUAUCUAUGUGAUAAUUCUGAUUUUGUUUUGUGGUAUAAUGAGAAAGCUAUAGUUAAUCGUAGUCUCCAAGAAGGUGUACUGAAAAAAUUUGUAAAGGAAGAUAAACAUUAUAAAAAUGAAAAUGUUAUAACAGCGUUACAGGCUUUGAAGGUCUUGAAAUCAUCCACUGAAAUUGAAAUAAUGAGGAAAAGUUGUGCCAUUGCCUCUGAGUCCUUUAUAGAAGUCAUGAAAUAUUCAUAUCCAGGGGUGAAUGAACAUUACUUGUAUGCAAAGAUGGACUAUGAAUGCAGAACAAGAGAUGCUGAAAUCUUAGCUUAUCCUCCAGUGGUGGCAGGAGGAAAUAGAGCUAACACCAUCCAUUAUAUCAAUAAUAACAAGAUAAUAGAAGAUGGUGACCUUGUACUGAUGGAUGCUGGAUGUGAAUACCAUGGUUACUGUAGUGAUAUCACUAGGACAUGGCCUGUCUCAGGAAAAUUCUCAGUUGAACAGAGAUGCAUAUAUGACAUUGUACUAAGGAUUCAGAAGAAAUGCUUGGAAUGCUGUGUACCAGGACAGACUAUGAAUCAAAUUUAUGUUUACAUGUUAGACUUGAUGGGAAAAGAAUUACAAAAAAUUGGUGUUAUUCCCCAAAGUUGUUCUAAUUUAGUUGAGGCAGCUAAGCCAUUUUGUCCACAUCAUGUCAGCCAUUAUCUUGGUAUGGAUUUACACGACACAGAUCAUGUGACUACAAACCAACAAUUACAACCAGGCAUGGUUAUUACAAUAGAACCAGGAAUAUACCUCCCUGAAGAUAGUUAUAACAUUCCAUCAGAAUUCCGUGGCAUGGGAAUUAGAAUUGAGGACAAUGUCUUGAUUACAUCAUCCAAACCUGAGGUCUUAUCCUCUGGAGCUCCUAAAGAACCUGAAGAAAUAGAAAUGAUAAUGGCAAGGUCUUAGUGUGGCAAAUAGUUAGAUGUAUGAUAAACCUUCAGUCUUUCACUCUCUUUUUUUUUUAGAUAGAUUUUGAAAAAACAUCUUGAUAUUAAAUUCAAUGAACUUUGACUUGUUUCAGAUGGGAAAAAAAAUGUAGAUUUUUCCAGUAGUUUAUUUUUAUAAAAUAAAGUAAUUUUUGUUAUGCAUUGGAAAAAAUCAUUAAUAUAAAUAUCUAACAUAUUUAAACAAAAUAAUGAAAUGAAAACACUUCCAAGUUUAAUAGUUUCAAGGCAUUUGAAAGAAUAAUUUCAGAUUUCAGAUAACCGUAUAAAAUACCUCAUAUUAUGAAAUACAGUGAUCCUUUCAAACUUGUAGAUAUCAUGAUGUUAUCAAAAUCAAAAUGAUCUUUUAGUCAAAUAAAGAUUUAUCUUCCUUUUUUUUUUUUUGGUAUUAACUGAAAAGCAGUUUUCCUUUCUUUUCAACAUAUUUUAGUUGGAGUAUAGUAAAGCCUUUAGAAAGCUA